UAUCAGAGACUAAAGUAUUUCAGAAUUUGUAUUUCUGCAUUUAAGAAAUAAAAAUUUUAAAAUGUCAUCUGAUAUUAAAGUUGGAAUUAUUGGAGGCACUGGACUCAAUAACCCAGACAUAUUGGAAAAUAGAGUUGAAAAAGAAGUCAAUACAAGUUAUGGAAAGCCAUCGGACACAUUGGUGUGCGGAACAAUUAGUGGCAUCAAAUGUGUUAUAUUAUCUCGGCAUGGCCAUGGCCACUCAAUAUCGCCAACGCUUAUCAACUUUCGAGCUAACAUUUGUGCGCUUAAAGAAGAAGGCUGCACCCAUAUUCUUGCUACAUCAGCGUGCGGAUCUCUCAAAGAAGAAAUAGCGCCAGGACAUUUUGUCAUUAUGGACCAGUUUAUAGAUCGAACUUUUAAUCGCCAUGUUACAUUUUAUGACCAACAGCCCGGAAGUUGGAAAGGUGUGAGUCACAUUCCUAUGGGUGAGCCUUUCAGUCCUUAUAUCGGGAAAAUUCUAACAAAGGCUUGCAAGGAAAACGGUGUAAUAUUUCAUCCAAAUGGUACGACAGUUACAAUAGAAGGGCCUCGAUUCUCAACCGUCGCCGAAAGUAAUAUAUUCCGAUCAUGGAAUGCGGAUUUAGUCAACAUGACUACAGUUCCUGAAGUCACUUUAGCCAAAGAAGCAGGGCUUAUGUAUGGCGUACUCGGAAUGGCAACCGAUUACGAUUGCUGGAAAAAACAUGAAGAAGCAGUAAGUGUGGAGAGUGUGAUGGCUGUUAUGAAGAAAAACUCAGAAAUGGGAACAAAAAUUCUGAAAACUGCUGUGAGAUUGAUCGCUGAAUAUGGUGAUUGGACUAAAGAAAUAAAAGAAGCCCAAGAUGUUGCUACCAAAUCAAUCAUGUUGUGAUAGACUUACGAGGUUUAUAAUAUUGCACAUUCUCAUGACACAAAGGGGUAUAUGGUGGUGUGUGAGCACCCACAGAUUUAUUUGUCGCUCCUGUAGUAUGUGAACCAAGAUCGCAGACACCGGAAUGUCUUAUGUGCACCUGAAAUCAUGGCCUAACCCUAACCUGGUACACAUACUGAAUUCCGGUGCUCGCCAUCUUGGUUUACAUACUAUGGGAGUACCCUUUAUUCACAUUCCUAACAGAACACAUUCCAGAUGGAAACACUCACAGUUAAUGCUACCUUGUAUAUCUCUACGACCGCACACAUGAUAAGCACACCUCCAGACAUAGAAACGUCACCUUCAGACAUGAACAGGUAUGAGUCAAAGGUCACUAUAUUACAAGGGUGAACAGCGUAAAACAUUUUUUAUGCAUCACUAUCACUCCCAACAUGUACAUGCGGCUACUAAUAUCUUACAAUAUGUAAUGGGCUGCUUUUUUAUUGAAAGGACCGGAAUUAUUUGUCAAUAAACUUUUUCAAAAAAUCUUAGCUAUGUGGGUCCGCUAUCACCCAGCUACUUUGUUGAUUGUAUAGCUCAGAGUCAUGUCUGAGUCGGUCGAAAUUUAAUAGUCACAUUUUUUAUGCAACACUAUCACUUCAAACACGGCCAUGUACAUGCAGCCACUAAUAAAUUACAAUAUGUAACAGACUACUAUUUUUUAAAAAGACCAGAAUUAUUGUCAACAAGUUUUUCCAAAAUCCUUGGCUAUGUGGGUUCACUAUCACCCAACUACUUUACAGACUGUAUUGCCGAGGGUCAUGCUUUGGUCAGUCAGAAUUUGAUAGCUACCUGAUAGUUUUUAUUGUUCUGCAGACUUUAUCUUGUGAUCAAGCUAACAUUGAACAUUUUUAAAAAAUGACAAAAUAUGAACAAAUUAAAUGGCUAUCAAAGUACUUUUUGUUUUGAUUUAUCAUCAUAGCUAUACCUUAUCAGAUAUAUUGCAACACAAAAUGAUAUAGUUUCAAUGAUAUUCCUGUUUCAAUCAAUUUAGAGCGAGUCCGAUUAAAAAAAUGUUUGUAUAAUUUU